AUGAUCACAAAGCUCUAUAUGGACUUCUUAUCCCAGCCAAGUCGGGCUGUAUUGACUGUAUUUUUGUUAGGAAAAAUCCCUGUAGAAAUUGUAGAAACCCGCGCACACAGGGAUACCAGAAAAGAAGAAUUUUUAAAAAUAUUUGAGGCAGGGACUGUCCCUGCUAUACAAGAUGAUAAUAUUUCUCUAUAUGAAAGUCAUGCAAUUAUGGAAUAUUUGAUAGACAAAUAUAGGCCAAAUGAUAAACUUUUCCCUCAAAAUUUGAUAAUUCGAGCGAAAAUUAAUUCGUAUUUACAUUGGCAUCAUAAUAAUGUAAGAAGAGGGAUUCAUGGCUUUCUUGAAUAUAGCAGAUUUAUGCCAAGAGUGAUGGGAUAUCAGCCUUCAGAAGAUGUGGUAAAUUUUUUAAGGGAAAUUAAAGUAAAAACUUUGGAGUUUUUAGAUAAUAUUUUAGGGAUUAUUGGGCUAUAGAGGUUAAGAGCUAAUUACUUGGUUUUUAUAGAAAUGCUACUAUAUAAUUUUAGAUUAUUUUAAAUAAAAAAGUAUAUAAAAGCUUGAAAAAAAUGAAUUUGUAGCUGGGACAGAAAAUAUGUCAAUUGCUGACAUUUCGUGCUUCUGUGAGAUUGUUCAAUUAAGAUUUAUUGGAGAAGAUUUGUCUAUUUAUCCACAUAUAAUUCGUUGGAAGAAAUCAAUAUGGGCGCUUCCAGAAAUCCAAAACUCCCACCAGACUUUUCUAAAAAUCAUGAAAAAUAUAUCUCAAAAUUCUGAAAUUUUAAGGUAA